ACUCCAGUCUAUGGUGGGCAGGCCCUUCAUUUUUAUUACAAGAUGAAAGCCUGUGGCAAAAGCCGCCCAACGAUAUUGCAAAACAAGACUUGCCUGAACUAACUUGCUAUGUAACUCAGUCCAACAAUAGUGACAUUCAACAUCAAACCUUAAUACAAAAAUUAAUUCACAAAUAUUCAGACUUCAACCGUUUGCAAAGAGUUGUGGCCUACAUUAAAAGGUGCAUUUAUAAUUUAAAAAAUAAAAAUAGCAAGUUGGUAGGGUGGCUGUCGAAUCAGGAAAUUCAGUCUUCUUUGAAAUGUAUUUUGCUUAACGCAUAACUUGAAAUAUUUCCAGAUGAAUAUUCUACCUUAAAAUCAGGAAAAUUCCUGCUCCACAAAAAUCGUCUCAUAUCAUUGUCACCUUUUUUAGACUCUGAUGGCAUCAUUCGAGUUGGAGGCAGGUUAAAUAAUUCCCCUUACGAUUACAACGUGAAACAUCCUAUACUCCUGUGCAGUAAGCAUCAUAUAACUAAAAUUUUGUUUCAAGCUGUUCACAAGAAGCUGUUACUCGCCGGGCCUCAGUUGCUCUUGGCAAACAUUAGGCAAAACUUGGCCUUUGGGGGGAAGUAAUUUGUCUAGGUUUACCGUUCAAAAAUGCGUUGUGUGCUUUAGACAUAAUGCUCAAAAUGUACAGCCAAUAAUGGGUCAACUUCCAAGCUCACGAAGUAAUCUUGAAUUUCCAUUCUUAAAUUCAAGUGUUGACUACGCAGGGCCAAUACUGAUAACUGACCGAAAGGGAAGGGGAUGUAAACUUGUAAAGUCUUACAUAUGUAUCUUUGUCUGCCUAGCCAUUAAGGCUGUUUACCUGGAGCUUGUCACGGACCUUACCAAGGAAGCAUACUUGGCCGCCUUAAACAGAUUGAUUGCGCGCCGUGGCAAGCUUCGCAGCAUUUUGUCUGAUAACGGAACAACUUUUGUCGGUUCUGAUAAUCAACUUCGUGCUUUCUUGCAGAACUCAAACCUUUCAUAUAACGUCGCGCAAGAAGGAAUUGAAUUCAACUUUGUGCCGGCCUACUCUCCUCAUUUCAAUGGCGUAGCUGAAGCCGCCGUGCGCUCCACGAAACACCAUUUAAAGAGGCUACUCACUCUUACUCACUUCACAUAUGAAGAAAUGGCUACUUGUCUAACCCAAAUAGAGCCGAUUCUCAAUUCCCGACCACUUAUUCCCUGCUCUCCUGAUCCACUUGAUUUUUGUGUCCUUACACCUUCCCACUUUCUAAUUGGAAGAUCACUCACGUCCGUUCCGCAUCUACAGAUGACUGACAGCGGAAACAUUAGUCGACUCGAGCGAUUCCAAAGGGUGGAAUAUAUAAAGCAGCACUUUUGGAAAAGGUUUCACACUGAGUAUAUUUAUUUGCUGCAGCAAAAAACUAAGUGGUCGACGACAACAGGAGACAUCGAGGUGGGCAGCCUUGUCCUGGAAAAGGAUAAGGCGCUCCCACCUCUCUGCUGGUUACUGGGUCGCGUCGUACAAACGUACCCGGUGUCCGACGGCGUUGCAAGAGUUGCCGAGUUAAAAACUAAGAAGGAGACAAUGCGGCGAGCCUUCAACAACAUCUGCCCGCUGCCACUCUCUUGAAGAACCCUUCAACCCGGGGAGCAUGUUCACG